AUGGCAUAUAAAGAGGUGUACAAUGAACUCGAGAAAUCCUUCGAUGGUUGCGAAGUUAACCAUAUCAGCAGACUCAGCAAUGAUGAAGCUGACGUUCUGGCAAACAUCGGCUCACAGUGCGUCCCGAUACCACCUGGAGUCUUUUGGGAAGAGAUAAGUGAAAGAUCGACCAAGGGGAAGAAAGUACUGAAGCAGCCAAACAAAAAGGAGAUGUCCAAGAAAGACUCGGGCGCUCCAGCAGCCCCAGAGACACAUACAUCAGAAGAUGAGGAAGAACCGGAGGAAGUUAUGAUGAUUCAAAUACCCUGGAUGCAGGUUUAUCUGGCGUACAUCACAAAGAAAGAGAUACCCGAAGAUCCGGUCAGAGCAAGGCAAGUUAUUCGACGAUCUGAAGCAUUCACUGGGUCAAGGGAGAACUAUACAAACGAAGCAUCUCAGGAGUAUUGCAGAGGUGCAUCACACCUGAAGAAGGGCGAGUUACACUGA